AUGUCACAACCCACUAAUGACGGAUGCAAGGCACUCUACGUUGGCAACCUCGAUCCUCGAGUCACUGAAGACAUGUUGACACAGAUUUUCUCAGUCAUCGCCCCUGUUGGCAAUGUCAAAAUCAUACGUGAUCGCAAUUACUCUCACGGUGGAUUCAAUUACGGCUUUGUCGAGUUUGGAGACCAUGCAGCAGCUGAACAAGCAAUGCAAGCCAUGUCAGGACGAUACGUUUUUGAUCAUGAAAUCCGUGUCAAUUGGGCAGCACAAGGAUCAGCUCAAAAAGAAGAUACAAGCAAUCAUUUUCACAUAUUCGUUGGUGAUCUAAGCCCUGAAGUGACGGAUGAAGUAUUGGCAACAGCUUUCACACCUUUUCGAUCCAUGUCCGAAGCACGUGUCAUGUGGGAUCAAACAACUGGCAAGAGUCGAGGAUUCGGUUUUGUGGCUUUCCGUGAACGACAAGAUGCUGAGCAGGCUAUCGCUACCAUGAAUGGUGAAUGGCUUGGUUCCCGUGCUAUCCGUUGUAAUUGGGCAAACCAAAAAACGACCGGCAAUACGUCUACUACUCAGUAUUCAAUACCAGCCAAUCUAUCAUACGAACAAGUCUACGCACAGACCCCACCGUAUCAUACGACCGUAUAUAUUGGUAAUCUACCCCACAGUGUCACACAACAAGACUUAGCACCUUUCUUCCAAUCCUAUGGCUUUGUAUCCGAUAUUCGUCUACAAUCAGAACGCGGUUUUGCUUUUAUAAAGAUGGACACACAUGGCAAUGCAGCAAAUGCUAUUUUCUCACUUCAAGGAAUUGCUAUUCAUGGUCGACCUGCUAAACUUUCUUGGGGCAAAGAUCGCACUGGUGCUGGUGCUGGUGGAGGAGGAGGCAACAACGCAAAUAAUAAUAACACCACAGGACCACCACAACCACAACCACCCACAGCAGUACCGGCAGCAGGAGGAGCACCACCACCACCUACAGCAGCAGCCUAUGAUCCUUAUUCACCUUACAAUUACGCUGCCUAUGCAGCACCUGCAACAGCCAACUGGAUGCCACCUUAUGAUGCACGAGCUGCUCCUAAUGCUGGUAUGGAUGCGGCAGCAGUAGCAGCAGCUGUAGGAGGAGGAAUGCCUGUAAGUGCACCACCGGCAGCAGCAACAGGAGCACCACCACCACCUGGUUGGACUCAACAACAACAACAACAAUAUUAUCAACAAUACUACAAUGCUGGACAGAUAUAA